GGUUUGAACCGCGGCUAAAACCUAUCUAAUUCCAGUUUAAUGCUCCCCAGCUCUGAACUGCCGAUUCCGACCGGUGGCCAGCGUACCAUUAGCCCAUAUUAUAUAGAGAAGAGCUCUUUCCAGUUGUUCUCUGUCAAAAAAAAAAAAAAAAAAGAGGCCAUGGCUGCAGUUAGUGCUUUCACUCUUCUCCGGAAUCGUGGAAUUAGUACAAGGGCAUUCUCAAAUGUGAAAUCUUCCCCAAGACCCAUCUCUUAUAUCAACUACAAAUUCCUUCUUUCUAUUCAGUCUCGCAGGUCUCUGUUUCGCACUACUGUGAUUAAUGAUGAAGAGGCAUCUGCCCAAGAAGCUGCAGCCAGUGCUGAGAGUGGAGCUCCAACCAUUUUUGACAAGAUCAUAGCAAAGGAAAUACCUUCGUCCAUUGUAUAUGAGGAUGACAGAGUCCUUGCUUUUCGGGAUGUUAAUCCUCAGGCUCCUGUUCAUGUUUUAGUCGUUCCAAAGUUCAGGGAUGGAUUGACACAACUUGGGAAGGCUGAAAGAAGGCACAGGGAGAUCCUAGGUGAACUUCUCUAUGCUGCCAAAAUAGUGGCUGAAAAAGAAGGCAUCCUUGAUGGCUUUCGUGUUGUUAUCAACAACGGUCCCAGUGCUUGUCAAUCUGUUUAUCAUCUGCACUUGCACGUCCUUGGGGGCAGGCAAAUGAAAUGGCCACCUGGUUAAAGAUUUUUAAGCAAACUCGUUGAAGCCUGAUUAUAUCAUUUUCUCCUCUUUAUUUUCUCUUUAAGCCUUCAAUAUUGUGAACAACUUACCAGUUUUAAUGCAUCUUUUUGAGCAUUGUGACGAGAUGGCACUAUUCCUAUAAGUUGUAGCCUGCACUAGCGGCUUUUCUCGAGUUUA